AUGGCCCGUCUACCUCAAAACAUGCACCCAGCAGCAUCAUCUACUGAGCUGCCCACCCUACCCUCGACACCACCAAUCACGCGGUCGAUCACUUCAUACUCCAUGCCUUGCCGAAGUGACCCCUUAUUGUCGAGCUUUGGAAAUACCAAUACCACCGAUGUCGCAAAUGACCAAAUCCGCGACUACCACUACCAAGUCAAAGCGACUCUCACAAACAUUCUCAACGACGACCGUGUGAAGCACAAUCCCAGCGGAAGCCGUUGCCUGCAGAGGAUAUUGUUGGAAAACGAGCAAGACAUGCGGAAACAACGAAGACAUUCACUCGGCACAUGUGCUGCUAAGCGACUAUCUAAAAUGUACUAG